UUUCCUGAAAUUCUUCCUCAAAUGCAACCAGAACUGCCUAAAGAAUGCAGGGAACCCACGAGACAUGCGACGAUUUCAGGUGGUGGUGUCUACGACGGUCAACGUGGACGGACAUGUCCUGGCUGUGUCUGAUAACAUGUUUGUACACAAUAACUCUAAACAUGGACGCAGAGCUCGCAGGCUGGACCCGUCUGAAGGCACUCCGUCAUACCUGGAACACGCUACUCCUUGCAUUAAGGCCAUCAGUCCCAGUGAAGGCUGGACGACAGGGGGUGCCACAGUCAUCAUCAUUGGUGAUAACUUCUUUGACGGCCUACAGGUCAUUUUUGGCACCAUGCUGGUAUGGAGUGAGCUCAUUACCCCUCACGCCAUUCGAGUGCAGACUCCUCCCAGACACAUACCCGGGGUUGUGGAGGUCACUCUGUCCUACAAAUCAAAGCAGUUCUGCAAAGGUACACCAGGCAGAUUUAUCUACACAGCACUGAAUGAACCCACAAUUGACUACGGUUUCCAGCGGCUACAGAAGGUGAUCCCUAGACACCCAGGCGACCCUGAGCGUUUACCAAAGGAGGUGAUUCUGAAGAGGGCAGCAGACCUGGUGGAAGCUCUGUAUGGGAUGCCACACAAUAAUCAGGAGAUCAUUCUGAAAAGAGCCGCAGAUAUCGCAGAGGCACUCUACAACGUCCCACGUGGACACAACCAGCUGCCAGGCCUGGCCAACAGCUCCGUCCACGCUGGCAUGAUGGGAGUCAACUCCUUCCACAGCCAGCUCGCUGUCAAUGUCUCCGAGUCCACACAAGGAGCCAAUCAGGGUUUCAGUCGAAACACAAGCAGUGUGUCCCCUCACGGUUAUGUACCCAGCACGACCCCCCAGCAGAGUAGCUACAGUACCGUCUCUACCAAUAUGAACGGAUACGGCAACACAGGCAUGACCACGCUGGGAGGCUCACCCAACUUCCUCAAUGGCUCUGCUGCCAACUCUCCUUAUGCCAUUGUUCCUUCCAGUCCCACCAUGGCCUCCUCCACCAGUCUUCCCUCCAACUGCAGCAGUUCCUCAGGCAUCUUCUCUUUCUCUCCGGCCAACAUGGUGUCUGCAGUCAAACAGAAGAGCGCUUUUGCUCCCGUCGUGCGGCCCCAGGCCUCGCCACCCCCCACCUGCAGCAGUGCCAAUGGAAACGGCCUCCAAGGUGAGUGGAACAGCAGAAUGAACAGCUUGACCUCUCCAAGAAAUGGCAAGCACAAAUAUAAACAUUCGGUUAAAAUCUGUUAACUUAAAAAUAUACUGCAAAUUUAUAUUUACG